GGGCCGGGGGCGAGGGCGAGCGCGCCUGCGCGCUGGGAGGUCUUUUUCUCGAGUUCACGUGGCCAGGGGGUCGGCCUGAGGAUCUCUCCUUUGCGGCGGCGGCCAGAGAGCGAGAGUACGAAGUGCGGCAACCCGAGUCAUGGCAGGACAGGCAUUUAGAAAGUUUCUUCCCCUCUUUGACCGAGUAUUAGUUGAAAGAAGUGCACCCGAAGUUGUAACCAAAGGAGGCAUUAUGCUUCCAGAAAAAUCGCAAGGAAAAGUAUUGCAAGCAAUGGUAGUAGCUGUUGGAUCAGGCUCUAAAGGAAAGGGUGGAGAGAUUCAACCAGUUAGUGUGAAAGUUGGAGAUAAAGUUCUUCUCCCAGAAUAUGGAGGCACCAAAGUAGUUCUAGAUGACAAGGAUUAUUUCUUAUUUAGAGAUGGUGACAUUCUUGGAAAAUAUGUCGACUAAAAUAAGUCACUAUUGAAAUGGCAUCACGUGAAGCUGCCCGUUCCCCCAAUGGCAUCACGUGAAGCUGCCACUGAAGUUCUGAAAUCUUUCAUCCUGUAAAUAAUUUCCGUGUUUCUUUUAUAAUAAAGUAAUGAUAUCCAAACUAAAAAA